UUAAGAUCAUCAUCAUAAACAUUUAAGAUACUAUGAAGAUCAAAUGUGAUGGCUGUGACCAAUCAGAAGCCUCCGUUUUUUGUUCUGCUGAUGAAGCUGCUCUUUGUGAUUCUUGUGAUCGCCAUGUUCAUCAUGCUAAUAAGCUUGCUAGUAAACAUCAUCGCUUCUCUCUUCUUCAUCCUUCUUCUAAACAAUCGCCUCUCUGCGAUAUCUGUCAGGAAAGAAGAGCUUUUCUAUUUUGCCAAGAAGAUAGAGCAAUUCUUUGCAGAGAAUGUGACAUUCCAAUCCACAAAGCAAAUGAACUCACGAAAAAACACAAUAGAUUUCUUCUUACAGGAGUCAAACUCUCGGCUUCUUCAUCUAUAUACCAACAAACAUCAUCUUCUUCCAAUAGCUACACGGACUCGACGAAAAAUACUAAGAAAAACAUUCAACAACAUUACAACAAUAAUGUUAAUGCAACUCCAACAUUUUCUAAUGAAAUGUUGAGUUGUUCUUCACUCGAAAGAGCAUCGUCGCCGUCUCCAUCGCCAUCAUCUAAUGCGGCUUAUACGAAUUUCGACGACAAUGGUUCGAUUUCGACGAGUAGUAUUUCGGAGUAUUUGGAGACACUUCCGGGUUGGAGAGUUGAUGAUUUUCUUGAUCCUAACUCAUUUGCUGCUGAUAGUUUCUCUAACAUUUGGAGCUCACCUUAACUAUAUUUUUGAAGAAAAUCAUACUUGGUUUAUUUUUCAACAAAGGUUCAUUUAGCUCCCUCAAUUUAGCACAAAAUAUCAAUUAAGAACAAACUCAUGGUUUUGGACAAAAACACCACAGAUUGAUUAAUUCGGCUCAUUUUACCCGUUAGUUGAGGUGUUAGAAAAUGAUUAAAGCAUCAUAUAUAAAUUGGAGCCGAGGAAGCAAAAAACUAUUAGUUUUAAUUGUGGUUUUUGUUGUGUUUUGUUCUUUUGUUCUUUGGUUUUUUCAAAAAGCUUGGACUUAUUUGAUCCUUUGUUCCAAAUUCAAGGGCAAAAUGAACCUUUAUUGAUUUAUUUUUCGUCUUGUCGAAAUAAACUUCCGGGUACCUCAAGUUUCACUCGUGAUCAAUCUCUUGUAUAUAGUAAUGUUUUUGCAGCUCUCUGUCAAGAAAUCCAGGCCUAAUUUUCUAUAGAAAAAUGAAUAUGUAAAAAUUGGAAGUGUUCAGUUUAAUAUGUUUUUGAAUCUAUGAGACAUGAAUCUGUCUCUUUUGUUUUGUUUUGUUUU